GAAAAAAAGUGAAAAAGAAUCUCGAAGUCUUGCUGUAAGCCUUUAACCCGCAGAUUACUUUUUCUCCGAGCCACGAGCAAUGUCUGUACUUCCCUUCAUUUCCUUCAAUGAUUGAGAGUGCCCGCCGCAGACUCAUCAUUCAUCAAAACCCUUGUGUUUCCAUCAAUUUCUUCACUUCUUUUACAAAAAUCUCUUUUCUAUUUUGGGAAGAAAUAGGAAGUAAGAAUGAUACUACCAGUGUUCAAGCUAGGGACACUUGCCCUCAAAUCUUUCUGCAAACCCAUCGGCCGUCGCAUUAAGAAAGAGGCUGGCUAUCACCCUAGGUUCCGAACUUUCAUCAUCAACAUUGCCCAGGCAAACCAUAGAUUCUCAACGAAAUUGCAAAGACGUAUAUAUGGUCAUGCAACUGAUGUUGCAAUUCGCCCUCUAAAUGAAGAAAAGGCAGUUCAAGCUGCUGCUGAUCUUCUAGGUGAACUCUUUGUGUUCUCGGUGGCUGGAGUUGCUGUUAUCUUUGAGGUGCAAAGAAGUUCCAGAUCUGAAGCUAGAAAGGAGGAAUUCCGAAAGCAGGAAAUAGAGGCAAUGAAGCAGCGAGAUGAAGAGCUGAGUAGAGAGAUUGAGUUUCUUAAGAACAGAGUUAUUGAACUGGAGCGACAUGCCAAAACACGAGGAUUGAGUAGUAUCUUUAGCAUCGGUAAUGCAGAAAGUACUAAAGAUAAAGUAAAAGCUGGUUGAUCAUCUGCUGGUUUUGUGCUAACAUACACAUUGACAUUGUAAGACCCCCUUACAGUUAAGCAACUUAAAGAGUUGAUGUCUGUUUUCAUCAGCUUCUUGUUUGUACUAUUUUAGCAUUCCUGGAAGAGAAUGCAGUAGCUUCUGGAAGUAGAGAAAACUUUAAGCAAUUCUGACAAAGAUGAUUCUCAGGACAUUCUACGUUUGACAGGUCAAAGCCAUUAGAAUACUACUAACCAAAAUGGAUAUCCAUGAUGGGCUGCCUUUGGUCUAUGAAUAAAAUGCAAACAUAUCAUAUUGUAAAGGAGUUACAUAUUUUGGACAAUUUUUGCACCUAGCCAUUCAGGCAGUAUUGAUGUCAAUUUUACUUGUUCUGGCUUAGUAAGGAUUGUUAUUAUGUUAAGAGUCCAGGGGUCUCCAAUUUGUUACUCCCUUUGCUUCAAUUUAUGUGUCUUACUUUCCUUUCA